GGAGCACAACUUGGAGUAUCGAGCUCCUCCCGAAAAAGCUUCUAAGGUUGUAUGGUUUUAGCUGUGCUUUACCUUGAUAAUCAACGAUGUCAAGCUCGGGUUACAUUGCUACCGCCAUCUUAUUGGUUAUACUGCUCCUAGUCCUCAUUACUCUGACUAAUAUCAUCAUUCGUCUAUACUCAAAUGCCUCGCUACCCCCUACCCUUCCUUGGGCAGGGACCAAAGAGCAGGGUGGACCUUAUGCUCGAGUUCAAGCAAACUUCUACUCCAAAACGAAUCAAAUUUACGUACUCCCCUACUAUAUUAACGGUCCUCAAGUCAUUUUACCAAAUUCCCAGAUACGAUGGCUUAUAGAACAGCCGGACUCAGUACUAAGCCAAGAAAAGGUCAACCGGCAGUUUCUUGAAGCGGAAUACGCAUUUUUCCACGCCAACCUCGUCGAUGCCCCGGUUCACCCCGAAAUUAUCCAACACCAACUAACGAAGAAAUUAAAAACUUUCGUCAACGAUGUUGUCGAUGAAGCAAGCUCAUGUCUGGAAGAUAUAUGGGGCACCGAUACGGAGCAAUGGCGUGAAGUAAAAGUAUAUGAUACGAUGCUCACGCUCCUCGCUCGGCUCUCUAUUAGGGUGUUCAUGGGGUUACCCUUGUGUCGAAACCAGGCCUUCUUAAAAAUUUGUAGCCAAUUUAUUCGAAAGGUGGCCCUAGCUGCAGCAGCAAUAGGCCUGUUCCCGGGUUUCCUCAAGCCAGUAGUCGGACCUAUAUUCACUCUUUACGACCGUCUAUUAUACUAUCGAUGUAGUAGAUACCUCAAACCCAUCAUUCACGAACGACUUGAGCGUCUGAGGAAUCCCAGCCCACAUGAUAAAUCUGCCUCUCCGAACGAUUACAUCCAAUGGGCAAUCGGCCACGCCCUCACAAAACCAACCAUCAACCCCCUAGAACUUGACCCCCGCGUCAUAGCCUGCCGAUUCUCCGUACUCGCCUUCGCCGCAAUCCAAUCCUCCGUCAUAACCCUUACCAAUACACUCUUCGACAUUGCGUCAUCGCCCGAGUGCACAACCUCCAUCGCAUAUAUGCGCAAGGAAGUAGCUCAAGAAACGACAUCGGGCGAUACAUGGUCCAAGGCCAGCAUAGCCCGAAUGACACACGUCGACUCCGCGCUACGCGAGAGCCUGCGUCUAAACGGGUUCAUCGAGCGCGGGAUCAUGAAGAUGGUCGUCGCACUAGAGGGUGUUACCUUGCCGGAUGGUUCACACAUUCCGUGUGGAACCAAGGUCGGUGUCUCGGGGUACAGUAUUCACCACGAUGAGGACAUCUACCCAGACGCGAAUAAAUACAACGCCUUUCGCUUCGCGAGAAGCAGCCCGGGCGAUGCAAAAAAGAAAGGGCCGCAGAAGUUGGUUAGUACCAGCGAGACGUUCUUGGGGUUUAGCCAUGGGUCGCAUUCUUGUCCAGGGAGGUUCUUCGCUACAAAUCAACUUAAGAUCGCACUGGGACAUAUCGCCUUCUUGUAUGAUAUUGAGCCGAUCCCCAAGCGUCCGGCUAAUCAAUGGUUCUUUGGACAUAUCGCACCGCCCAUGUCUGCUACACUGAGAGUACGGAGGAGGAAACCUUGAUGUUAUCAUAGCAUUCUGGACAUGUAUAGGGAGGUAAUAAUCGGCGACUUAGCUACUUAAUAGUAGGGAGAAGCAGGUACGGUGGAGCAUUAACGUAAGAGGUAGGGAAGGAGGACAUGUAUACUC